CAUGGGCACGGCCUUGCAAGACAAUAAUUAUUAAUUAUUUAAUAAUAUUGAUAACGUUGGCGUUUACGUUUGAAAUAUUUCAAAAAUUUGUCGUAUUAUUAUUUAUUACCUAAUUAAUAGUCAAUAUUUUGUGAUUGAACACCGUGGUUUUCUUUGUGUCGUAUAUUUUAUAAAUAAAUUAUUGUUGGUCAAAUUAGGCUUUUGACAAAUGAGACAUUAUUUUUUUUUAUAUUUUACCGGAAUGUUUUGAUCGAUUUUAGUUUACUUUAAACCAGUAUAUUAGAUACCUCUUUAGAUACUAUUACUAUGUAUCGAAUUGAAAUUUUUUCACACACUUUAAUUUCCAUUUUUUUAACAAUUUUGAUUUGUACUAAUCGAAUCAAUACUGGUUCACCCCCAGUCGUGUUAUGGCACGGAAUGGGUGAUAGUUGCUGUAACCCAUUAAGUCUUGGAAGAAUUAUUAAGGUUUUACAGAAGAACUUGGGAACAGAUUCUUAUGUGAAGUCGUUACAAAUUGGAAAAUCUUUUGAACAGGAUGUAAAGAACAGUUUUUUCAUGAAUAUUAACCUUCAAGUUAAAGAUGCUUGUAAACAAAUAUCUACAGAUCAAAAGUUGACCAGUGGUUAUAAUGCGAUUGGAUUUUCACAAGGAGCCCAAUUUUUGAGAGCAGUUGCACAAAGAUGUCCUAAUCCUCCAAUGUUAAAUCUUAUAUCUAUUGGCGGCCAACAUCAAGGAGUUUUUGGUAUGCCAAGAUGUCUUUAUUCUAGUCAUAAAUGGUGUGAAUAUAUAAGAUUAGUUUUGAACAAAGAAGCUUAUGCAAAAUGGGUUCAAGAUUUAUUAGUUCAAGCUGAAUAUUGGCAUGAUCCAAUUAAAGAAUCAGAUUACAUAAAGGGUAGCAAUUUUUUAGCUGACAUUAACAACGAACGCAUUAUUAAUACUAAUUAUCGAGAAAAUUUACUUAAAUUAAAAAACUUUGUCAUGGUGAUGUUUACAAAUGAUACAAUGGUUAUUCCAAAAGAAAGUGAAUGGUUUGCAUUUUAUUCACCAGGUCAAGAUAAAGAAAUUAUGCCAUUUGAAAAUUCUGUAAUUUAUCUUACAGAUCGACUGGGUUUAAAAGUAUUAGAAGAAACCGGAAGAUUACAUUUUUUGUCAGUUCCUGGUAAUCACCUUCAGUUUUCUGAAGAAUGGUUUUUGAAUGAAAUUAUAGAUAAAUAUCUUAAGUAAUAGCAUACUAGUAUUACAGAAUUUUUGUAAAUAAUAUUAUUCAAUUAUAUAUAUAUGAAAAAAAAAUAGAACUUUGUAUAGAUUUGAU